GGAGCGACAGCGCCCAGGUAUCCCACCCGCGCCGCCCGAGCAGCUGCGGGACCCAUCCCACACAUGCGCAGAGCCCGCCUCAGACUACAACUCCCACCAUGCCCCGCGCGCACCCGCCGCUCCGUGCGCCUCCCGGAAGUGGCGCUCCGGGGGGGCGUCUCCGACCUCAGCGGGGGGGCCGGGCCGGCUGGUUUGGGGAAUCAACGGCAGCUAGGAACCCGAUGCGGGCAAGUGGGGCCAGAGAUGGCUUCGGCUGGAGGCGGCGACUGCGAGGGCGCCGCGCCCGAGGCGGACCGGCCUCACCAGCGGCCCUUCCUGAUCGGCGUGAGCGGCGGCACCGCGAGCGGCAAGUCCACUGUGUGUGAGAAGAUCAUGGAGCUGCUGGGACAGAACGAAGUGGACCACCGGCAGCGCAAGUUGGUCAUCCUGAGCCAAGACAGGUUCUACAAGGUCCUGACAGCGGAACAGAAGGCCAAGGCCUUGAAAGGGCAGUACAAUUUUGACCACCCAGAUGCUUUUGAUAAUGAUUUGAUGCACAGGACUCUGAAAAACAUCGUGGAGGGCAAGACUGUGGAGGUUCCCACCUAUGACUUUGUGACCCACUCAAGGUUACCGGAGACCACGGUGGUGUACCCUGCAGACGUGGUCCUGUUUGAGGGCAUCCUGGUGUUCUACAGCCAGGAGAUCCGGGACAUGUUCCACCUGCGCCUCUUCGUGGACACCGACUCCGACGUCAGGCUGUCGCGAAGAGUUCUUCGGGACGUGAACCGCGGGAGAGACCUAGAGCAGAUUCUGAGCCAGUAUACCACCUUCGUGAAGCCAGCCUUCGAGGAGUUCUGCCUGCCGACGAAGAAGUAUGCCGACGUGAUAAUCCCUCGUGGGGUUGACAAUAUGGUUGCCAUCAACCUGAUCGUGCAACACAUCCAGGACAUUCUGAACGGUGACAUCUGCAAGUGGCACCGCGGAGGGUCCAACGGGCGGAGCUACAAGAGAACAUUUCCUGAGCCAGACCAUCCCGGGAUACUCACGGCCGGCAAACGAUCGCACCUGGAGUCCAGCAGCAGACCCCACUGAGGACGGUGCUCAGCCUCCAGGCAGGCCCCCCAGAGAUGCCCGCCUGGCCUAACAAACGCCACCGCUGCUUCCUCUCUGGGUCUGGUACAGCCGGUGGUAUUUGGGACGCAUUGUUCCACCUGCUGAAUGGGAUGCUGGCAGGUGUUCCUGGUAUGCGUACUAGCUCCCUCAUUCUGGAGGGUGAGGUCUGUGCCACUGAGAAGCGCUGCGGACAGUGUGGGGAGCCUGUGGUGCCUGCGUCCAGGAGGAACACGUCACCUGUUUGGGGACGAUGGAGGAAGGUGCCCGGACACUGGCUGUUCCAGUGUUUCUGACAGUGAAUCCAUAGUGAGAGGCUUUCUUUCUAGUACAAUCUGGUUCUCACACGUGUAACUGAAACAUAAUACUUCCCUUUUUAUGUGUUUUACAUCCAAAUGUUUUGUUUUAUUGUUUUAUAACACCAUGCUAGUUGCAACCGAUUAACCCAAUUUCAUGACCCGCCAGCGGGUCGUGAUCCAGCCUGGUGCACACUGACCCAGGGAGCCACGGAGAUGCCUCCUUCCUGGCCUGUGCUCUGAAGGCAGAGGGCGGAAGGAGCCUGGGGAACAAGCGUGUUCUUACCCAGCAUCAGACAGAAGCGGGGUGUCCUGCUGGUCCAGCCCGAGCCUGCCUGGCCCCUGCAGGCGGGGUGUCCACACGCAGUCCUGCACGGGCCUGACCCAGGUGCUGCCUGACAGGUUUCUUCCCCAGUGGAACCAGGGCCACGUCCAGGUGUGUGCUGUGGUCCCACAAAUCCCUGUGGUCUUUUGUCCUGGUUUGUCUUCCCUCCUACAUGGUGGCUGUCCCUUCCCACUGCCACCAGCUACACUGCACGGGCACUCCCAGUUUCCUUCUGUUGAACAGUAACUAGUUACACAUGUGACAUCACUCGAGCGUGGCUGAGCUUGAGGCUGGUUUCUGAUGACUAACAGUUUGGUCAAGCCUAUUGUGUCCUUUUGGAGAGUCAAUAAAUAAUACCAAUUUGAAUGCCAA